AUAUGGCCGAUGCUGCCUUUCAUUUGUAAGUAUGAGCCUUUUAGCGGGUUUGUUUGGCAGAACAAACUCCCGAACUUCAGGGAAUGACGUUUUACGUGAACUCCAUAGACUGACAAGAUAUCAGCUUCGCUGGCAUUGGUGUGGCAGACAUGGGGGAAGAGGAAAACUCGUGUCAACAAGAACGUAUCUUCAGAUUCUGGGAACAAGUACAGAUUAUAGUUCACCUAGCGUUCUACUAUUCACUGAUUCUUAUAGGUGACUUUCCUUUUCAUUUAUUUAUUUAUUUAUUUAUUUUUUGGCAGCAACUUCAAAAUACCUCCCUUUUUGGUCAUUUGGAUGCUUUCAAGAGAACCAUCCAUUUUGAAAGUAUCAGUUCAUUUCUCCAUGCCCCUUCAAUCGCCCACACGGUUACCGGUCGUUUCGAUACUACCUCAGCUAAGUUGUUCUUGUUAUUUUAGCGGCAUAAAACUGUUAAGAGGUGUAAGAAAAUGCCCUUCUGAUUGUUCUCUGUGUACAAAAUCUUUGGACAUUUUUUAUAUCAGUUCAAAGAACAUGUUCAAAAUAGUGAUUGUUCAUGUUUGUAAACAAUUUGUGUCAUUCAAAUGCUGAACCAAUGGAACAAAGGAACAUUUUGUUUAAAGAGCAAAUAAGCUGUGGGCACAUUUUAUAUGACAAACAGGUGGUUCCAUUUUUUAAUUCUCCAAUAACUUUGACUGGAGCCUUUCUUUUCUUUAGGUAUUUAUUUAACUGUGGAGAAAACACAGUAAGAAUACUUCAUGAACUAAAUCGACUGAAAAUGAACGUCACUCGAGUCUUCUUGACUGGAAUGACUUGGCAAAACCACAUAGCUGGUCUUCCUACAUUGAUCAAAUGCCAUGGAUCAUUAAAAGGCACAGGAUUAACUGUGUAUGGUCCCCAGGGACUCACUAAGUUCCUCCGAGAUGUAACAACUUUCUCAAGCACUGGCCUGCAAAGACUACAAUCCCUGGAGCUCUUCAAUAGCUUAGAAUUUAUUGGCAAUUCUGAUCAAGGCCAGCUUGAGCCAUACGUCGAUGACAAUGUUACCAUCAGACCUGUUGUUCUUGAAAGAAAGGAUAAAGAUACUUGCCAUUCCGAGAGGCAGUCAGUUUGCUACAUUUGUGAAUUUGAAGACCUUCCUGGGCACUUUAUUCGUGAAAAAGCAGAAAAGUUGGGUGUGACACGGGAAUGGUUUAAUGAACUAGCUAUUGGACAUCCAGUCAUAACAUCUCAAGGAAGAAAGGUAUCAUGGUCUACAGUCAAUGUGCUACUACUACUGCUCGAGGGAGGAGGGGUGCUGGAGGAGCUGUGAUAGUAGCACAUUGCAACUACUACUAGCACUAGUGGUAGCACACUGCUACUACUAAUAUUCCUAAAGUACCCCACCCCCAGAGGGGUAUUUAAGGAAUUUUUGGGUGGGGAUGUGCCACUGGGACCUUGGAACCCUUAGCCUAUACCAGACCUAGUUCAGCGGAAAUUUGCUACCCCAUACUAGACUCAACUCCCAAUAUCCCUCCCUAUCCUAGAGUCAAUUGCCAAUUUCUUUUCCCAGUUUCCCUAGUCCAGAGUAAUAUCUUCAACCAAUUGAACAGUUUCCUGAAAAAUGAUACCCUAUUCUUCAACCAAAUUCCCUGAUUUCUAUACGCUUUCACAGUGGCAUAUACCUAUAUAGUUCCACGGCAGUACCCCUUCCCCUGAGCUGCUACCACUAUUACUUCCACUAAUACAAACAAUAAUAAUAAUAAUAAUAAUAAUAAUAAUAAUAAUAAUAAUAAUAUCUCAUAAAACCUAUAUAGAAAGCUUCAGUAAAAAUGUUCAUAAAAAAUGAAAUAUAUGAACUAAACCAACAUAAAUUUUUCACACAAAUUUGAAGAAUUCAAUAAAAUGAUAUUUAAUAACAAUAUUAAUGGUUUAAUAAUAGCAUUUCGACAAUGUAGCUCUUCAUCUUUACUGUCUUGAGUAAAAAUGAUUAAUAUUGAUGAUUAAAAUAGACUAGUAGGUAGCUCUUUAUAAUAGGUUAAACAAUUUCAGAUGCACAUUAACCAACAUACACAAUAACAUGCAUUUUGGUCAGCAAGUGUAGUCUGCACAACUCGGAGUUGUAGGAUUUUCUAUGGUUCCUUCGCUUUGUGGGGAGCUUUUUUAGCAUUAUGUCUUUUAAUGGGUUUUCUAUUUUUAUGUAAGGUUGAACCAUUUGAGGUCCUGUCCCCUACCACACCAGGACAAGUUUUUAUGAUUGUGGACUGCCCAUCAGUGGAAAUCAGGAAUGAACUGGUACAAAAUCAUGAGUUUUCUCAGUUUCACUGCAGUACGGACUUGAAGUCACCACAUGUUAUUGUGCACAUGACCCCACUAGAAAUCUUUGAGUCUGAGUCUUACAAAUUAUGGAAGGAUCAGUUUGGCAAGACUACUGUACAUAUUCUAGCUAACAAAGAGGUUGUAAAGCAAGAGACUCCAUUCUUAAAAAGUGUUGCAUUCCAGACUGCUCUCUCUGUUGUGGAUCAUGAAAUUUUUCCACCCAUAUUGGAAAGUCCUGCAGAGAUAAAACACAUCAGUUUACCAGACAAUUGCACCUCGGCAGAAAAUUUGUUGACUUAUCAAUUUCGUCCGCUAAAAAUGGAGGGAUUAACUAGAAGGAACUUACGUGUGGGAUAUGGACUCAGUGAUAUGUUAAAAAGGUUACGUAAGGCUUCAGAAAAAUUAGAUGAUGAGACUCUUGCUACUGUUGGCACUUCAACUGUAACCUCUGGAGAAGAAAACUUGCAAACAAUGUCUGACAGCAAAGUUACAUUUCUUGGAACUGGUUAUGCACUUCCCUCCUACUGCCGUGGCCAAAGUGCAGUACUUGUUCAUACAAGGUAAAUCUGAUUAGGGACGGACCAUUAGAAAAGUUAUGGGGGGGGAAGGGAAUUUUCAAGCCGCUGGAAUAUUAUUAUGUCAUCAAAUUCCUUGUAUGAAUUUUUUUUUUCAGGUAACAAAGCAUAUUAACAAUUUCAAAACAAAAAUUUGCAGAACCCAAGGCCAAUGUUCCUCCACUAGACUCAAGAGUGAGUCAAGAAACCUCAAGAGGGGGUCCUAAGAGGGGGUGGGGUGCAAUAUACUCUUCAUUCACAAUAUUAUUUUGAGCACUAGUAAUGCAAUAGUCAUUCCAGUGAAUGUGCUGUUACUGUUUUAUUUUUUUUACAGAGAAGACAGAUCAAUUCUUUUGGACUGUGGAGAAGGGACAUUUUCUCAACUUCGUUGUUUGUAUAAGGAACAGACAGCGGAUGCUUUGGCUUCCCUUAAAUGCGUGUUUAUAUCACACAGGCAUCCUGACCAUCAUAUGGUGAAUUAAUUUUCUUUUAAUUCUACUGGUUUUAUCCCUUACAAUGUAUAUACCAUCCUUCAGAAAGGUUUCUUCAGCGGCUUCAGUGUAAAAUAAGCAUUUGUUGUAAAAUUAAGUCGAAUGUAAGGACAACCAGGUAAGAAGGGAAAAUAUAGCCUCAAUAAUCUUCAAAUUAUGUUGAAACACUAGACAAAAGCUCAAGAUUCUUAGGGCCAGUUAUUUAAACUGAAAAUACCCCUUGUUUAUUCUAAUCUUAAUUUAUCAUUGACAGGGACUAAUGCGAUUACUUCUUGAAUAUGAAAAACUAUUUGAUGAAAGAAAGGUAAAUACUGUUUGUAGUUGAAUCUGCCAAUGACAAGGGUUAUUUAUUUCAUUUCCUGCUUUAUCAAGACCUCAAACAACAGUGCUGCCCUUCCCAAUUUCACUUUUCUCCUUUACUCUUUUCAACUCUUUCACAGCCAGUCCUAUUGCUUUUUUGACGGUAUCCACGUAAGUCCAGGGGUAGAUCAAGGAACUUAUUUUUGUUAUUAUUUUUUUUGGAUGGGGCGGGAGGUGAGAUGGGGGAGCCACCAAACUAUACUGUCCUUCAUUUUAUCCAGAACAUUGCUAAUUAUAAGGGAUAAACUGGAACCUGCAACACCGCAAACUCUUGCAAUACCUCAAAAUAGAAGAAAUGGGUGUGGUCUGGUUUAAACGCACUCGGACAUAAAUCAAUUUUUAGUUUCUCUUUGAUUCCAUAGCAGUCUCCUUUUUAUAUUUUAAUAUUUUACUAUCACUUAAGUCAGUGCAUGGAUUUUUCUGUUCUAUUAUUAUUAUUAUUAUUAAUCUUAUUAUUUUAUUACUUUUUUUUAAUACAGCUCAAUUUUAUAACAAUUGUGGGCCCAUGGAGAUUACAUCAAUGGCUAAAAGAGCACUUUAAGUCAAUUGGGCGAAACCUUCCUAUCAGGUAAAAAAAAGUUUGUUAAAAUAUUCUCCUUGCCUUUUAUACUUGUGAAGUAAACGUGCAUGAACUAAAAAAAGCGCAGUGAGCGGUCAUGUUUAUUCAGUUUCUUUAUUGUGAGCACAGAUUUCUUCCUUUUGGAGAAGUAAAGGCGCAUAAGGUUAACAACCAAAUUCAGGAAGUUCUGGAUGCACUGGAACUUAGCGGAGUAAGUCCUAAUAUCAAAGGCAAAGCUGUUUUUUUCUUUGAAAGUACAAUGUCAGUAGCUGGUCUUGGGGAGGGGUCUGGGCCCCACCUUAUUAAAGAGCGUAAAGGAACAGGUUCACAGUUCAACGCAUGCUUAUUUAUUAAAAUGCUGUUUUUCUGCCGGGACACGCUGUAUCGUCUAUGGAAGCAAUAUGAUCAUGUCAUAAUGUUGUCAAAGAACCAAUCUGCACACUCCCCCUGGCAGUCACUUGCACUUGAUGAACUUAAAUACCGUAAAAUUCCGAAAAUAAGCCCCGGGGCUUAUAUUUUUCAAAGGCCCUUUUUGAGGGGCUUAUUUUUGGAGGGGCUUAUCUACGGAGGGAAAUUUGCGUUUACAAAUCGAUUGGGCUAGCCUUAUAGUUAGAAGUAAAUUUACCGUUUUUGUGUUGUUUUACUUUGUAUUUGAGGGCAAUUUUCCAAGUACAAGCCCCCAGGGGGCUUAUAUUUGGAGUGGCGAUUUAACGGAGGGUUUUUUGCGUCACCGGUUUUGGGGGCUUAUAUUUGGAGGGGCUUAUUUUCGGAAUUUUACGGUAUUUGCAAAUAGCUGUAAAUUAAUCAACCAUGGAAUAAAACCUUCGGGUCAACAAUAAAUUCAACGUUGGUAGCGUUGGCAUAAUCCACUAAUUUUUUCUGCGAUUUUAGUACUCCUUCCUCCUACUUCAGGUUACUCCGAAAUACACUUCUACUGUGAAAUAUACUCUGAGAUCGCUGAGAUACAUGUCAGUGGGAUUAUUAACCGAUAGAAUUAAUAAUAAAUUGAAAAAUGGUAAUUUAAUUAAUGAGCAUGCUCUUAACCGUAAAUAGCCGGCUGGAUUGCCUCUGGCCAGUUGGGAUUCUUAACCCUGUUAAGUUCAAUUUAAAUUAUUUGUUUCAUGCAUUUGCUCGGCCCCACUGGCAUUAGUGCUAUAAAUACUGCCGGGGUUAAAUAACGGAAUUAUUUAUUUAUUUAUUUAUUUAUUUAUUUAACCGUGAACCUGUCCCUUUAGGCAACGACGACGGCAACGCCAACGAAAACGUCACCCAAAAAGUGAAUUUGAGCUGCUUCAAACGUCAUCCCUCUUAUUCUAUUUCAUUUAAUUUGUCAAGCGUUGGAGAAUUUUCCUGAGUUGAUUCUAAAGGACUGUAUAUCUAAGUUCAGGAAAAAUAAACGAAAAUUGUUGUCUUGUGUUGACGUCCUCCAUAAAACGUGAAAUUAGGAAGUUUCGCGUCGUAGUCGUGCAACGACAGCAAAGAAAUGUGCAAAAAAGCGUGAUGCACGUCCAAUGUUUUUGUUUUGCCAAUCUAAACCUGUUGCUUUUUGCCGUUCUCGUGGCCGUCGCUGUCGUCGUGCUUAAGUUUCCUAUUUUCAGGUCAAACUGAAGCCCGCAGGGCUGAGAAAAAUUAGGGUCUGGAUGAGCAGGUCCUCCAUGUACUGAAAGAUCUGAAUCUGUCAAUGAAGAUAAGGAUACGCAUGCGCCUUUCUUAAAGCAGAUCUUUGUAUUAAAGGCCCAAAAGGUGUCGGAGUAAACAUAACCCAUGUAUAGUUUUCUUUUACUGCCUUUCUUAUCGCGACAUAGAACACAACUCUUUGUAGACGUUCCUUUAUGAGUUAAUAAUCAUUAGACAUUAGAUGGUUUGAUCUUCUUGCUGUAGGCCCAUGUGCACAGCCCACCACGCAAAAAAAAAACGAUGGCUAGCCUGUGAAUUAACGUAUAUUUCUUUCGUGCCAAUUGCCCCUUUUAAACGGAGUUUAUUAUAUUGCUUUAGCUUCAAGUUGUUCCAGUACUUCACACUAGAGAUAGCCAUGGAAUCAUUUUGAAUCAUCCAUCUGGAUGGAAGCUUGUGUAUUCAGGAGAUUGUGUACCUUCGCAUAACCUGAUCAAGGAAGGUGAGCAAGCAUCAUCGCUACAUCUCCGGUUUCUUCACACUGACCUCUGAUGAAACUAGAACAGCAGUUUUGAUUUCGAAAUAUGCCAAAUAUUCUUUUUGAGCGCAGGUUUGGGUCGCUAAUCAUUAUCGCUGACCAUGCAUUUCUAUGGAAAAACUGGCGAAAUUUCCCGCCAAAUGUAACAAAUGUAACCGUUCACAAUAAACAUGCAUAUUCAUUAGCAAAACAAUACUUCUGCACGUGCGUUUUAAUGUCUUUGUAAUUUUUCUGCUAUUCCCUGUAAAACAAUAACUUCAAAUGAUUAAAUUCAAGCGGGUUUUACAGAGAAAGUAAAGACACGACGCUUAAUUUUGUCUUUCCACUAUAAACUUGGAAUGGCCCAUCCAUUUCGAAGCGGUUUUCCUCACAAAUGGUAAGCGCCCCAAACAUCCCGUAUUAGCAUCUUUCCGAGCACGAGCUGCACGUGCUGUUUUUCAGUGUUUGCAUACACUGAAUAUUGGUCGACCACGCAGCUGUGCCAACGUCAGCUAAAAACAUUGACGUGCAGUUUCUGACAUCGUUUUGUUCAGAAGCCUACGUCCAAAUUGUUUGAGAAUUGAGCUGCAAGGAUUCCUUAACUACAGAGAAAGCUAAUUACAGUUCCAGCUGUCUACGUAUGUGUGAAUUCCGUUGUGCCAUCAGGAUAAAAAAGGAGACAUUUUUCGAAGUGGCCUACUGCUUCGCCAUCUUUAGGGCUAACACUUCUGUCGCUUUUUUCUUAAAUUUCUCAACACUACUAUUUUAAGCACGAAAUGGAAAGUCUUUCGAUAAUUCUAUGGCUUUGUAACUUUACUCGGUUCUGCAUACUUUGCUUUAUUAUUAACUUUAGGUUUGAAUUUCAGGUAAAAAUGCAACGCUGUUGAUCCACGAGGCAACUUAUUUUGAGAUUCCUAAGGAUGAGCCAGUCAGAGGGAGACACUGGUAAGAUAGUUUUAGUAGUACUUUGACGGCAGAAAUAAACUCUUUGAGUGAAACAUUUUGUAAUAUUUUGUUUUCUUGCCUAGCACCCUUUCAGAAGCAAUCAAAGUCAGUCGAGAUAUGCAUGCCAGCUACACCAUUCUUACACACUUCUCAAAGCACUGGAAAAAUUACUGGCCUCAAGAAUGUGGCAAUCUAAGGCUGGGGCCCGGGAUAAGUACGGCUUUUGACUUCAUGACGGUACGUGUAAUAUGAAUAGGAAUUAGGACGUCCUAGUUUGGCAAACGUGACUGAUUCAGUGUUCAUAUUCUUGGUUUGCAACCACGUGACAUGGCGGCCAUGUUGGGGGUCAAUACAACAGAAUUUUUUCUCAACGAAUUAACAUGAAAAUAGAGUUUCGUUCCCAGAGGAGAGAAAUGCUUUUGUUCUUGACCACCAACAUGGCAGCUGUGACGUCACAGGCAAACCAGCAAUAUCCCAAUCGUGCCAGCAGGGAGGGCUAAGCAGUGAGUUACUCUCCCCUUGCAACUGAAAUUUGCUGAAAUAUUAUGGUGAUUUGUAACGACCAUGUUUUCGUGCGCUUGGUACAAGAGAGCUUACACAACGACGACGGGGAUGGCAACGAGGACGGCAAAAAGGCAAUAGGUUGAAGACCUGGUGCCGUCUACACGAGACGAUUCGCAACGACGAUUUUUAGAACAACACAGCGCUGCAAUGUUGGAACAAUGUUGUGACCAUUCGAAACAAUGUCGCAACAAUGUUGCAACGUUGUUUUCGCUAAAAAUCGUUGUUGCGAAUCGUCUGAUGUAACGUCACCUUUAUGAAGGACGGGAGCACAAGAAAACGAUUUUCUUUUUCUUUGUAGACUACGAGCAAAACGCGAGAUACGCAAAUAGCCACGCGCGUGACUGAUGGCUGCCGCCCUCGUUUCGCGCGUCUCGCGGCUUCGCCGCUCCCGCGCGCGUGGAUUGCUCUCACUAAAUCUGAAGAAAAAGGGAGACUGCUCGCAGUCUAUUUUCUUUGUUGAAGUUAGAUAUAGUCCUUUAGAAUUAAACUCCUGAAAAAAUCGCCAACCUAUGACAAACUAGAAGAGUUGGGUGAAAUUUUCUCUGCCGUUGUCGUCGUCGUUGGUUAAGGUCCUUACUGUUUUAUUUCUCCCGCGUUGGUAUGAUCGCCUACAAUGCUUUUCCACCACUGGCGCCAGUCAUAAUACGGGAAGCUAAUAUUGAUACUUUUUCGGCGUUUACCGAGACCUUCGCGGUCAAUGUAUUUGGGUGAUGUAUCCAAGACUAACCGGGCGAACCAGGAAGACAGGGACUUCCUGAUAGGCCGCACGAACCAGGGAUUAGGCAAUGGUGACCUACAUAUCUCAUUGUCUUGGCCCAAUUUAGUCCGUUUAUCGCACCUGUCAUGUAGGGAUUAUUUCUGUUUUUACCACAGGUUCGGUUUAGUGACCUUCCGAGACUGCACAAACUGAGGCCCGCUAUUGCAAAAGUGUUUGAAAAAGAAACUACUGACGAGAAAGGAGAAUCAAGACCAGUGCGAGCAUUGACUCCUAGAGAACGAAGAAUACAGCGACGAGAAAGAAACCAAGAAAUACUCAAUUUAUUACUUUGAAAAACUGACUAACAUGAUCUUUCAUUGUGGAGGGGGAUCUUCAUAAGGGGCCGACUAUUUGACUCAGUUUUGAGGGGGGAGGGGGUAGUAUGGGUGAUUUGGUUUAUGUAAGAAUUCUUUUUUUUUCCAAACCUCUGAUGAUAGAGUUUUUUCCUAACUAAAACGGUGUAAGAUUUUUUUUUCCAGCAUUGUACCCCAUGAAAGAUUGUUUUCAGUGUCGGUUUUUUGCGCCAGGUAUUUCCUUGCAAGAAUUUUCUCCCUGGGAAUCAGUCUUCAGGACAUGAUAUUCUUCUUUGAAAAUCACCCCCCCCCUAAAAAGUCAAAUGGUCGGCUCCCAAUGGUGACCCAUUAAUAGCGGCGUGAGUGCCUCGUGCCUGCCUCGUGCCUGCCUUGCCCUCUAUGUUUUAUCAUUGAAUGAUGUGGCAUUCGUUUGAGGGGGCCUAAAAAUUGAAACUCUGAUUUAAAGGGGCUACGGGACGAUUUUCGAUACUACUUUCAUACCCUCAAAACACGUUGGAAUCAAAGAAACCCCUGAAAUAAUGGUUCAGUUUUAUUCGUAGAUAAUAAUUACUGCUACUAUAUCUCAACUGUAAGUUUCUGUCUUUGGCUUUCUAUGGCCAAGAUGGAAAGGGAUUGCAACUCAAAAAAAACAGGACCAACAUUUUCAAGUAACGCUCCUGUGUUGCAGAAAAAUGACCGAAAACAGAUCACGCUUUGCUUUGUCUUUGAUAUUGCUUCUCUUAGAGUUUUAAGUAUGUCAACAGAUGCAUGACUAAGAACACCUUGUCAACAUUUCAGCUCACUUUGAUGAAAAAACGUUGAACUCACUUUGAAUAGCCCUUUUAAAUCUGAUAUAACGUCAGCUUGCAACCUCCGCGGUCUCAGAACAUUCAGUCUUAACUAACAAUAUAAUGUUGAAUUAAGCCGGUAAGAUAAGGGCUUUAAUCAGCAGCAUUUUCUCUUACACUAUAAUAGAAAUUACUCCGCUUCCUAUUUCUUGAUAUUGAAGAGAAGAUGUUCUUUAUAAAAGGUAUCUUAUACCGUCCUUAAAAAAUACUUCUAGGGCUAAUAAAUAUUGUUUCAAAAACUAUAUUUGUUUAUUGUUAUCGCAACAGUAAAAUUCUGACAGCGAUAUUUCCAUUCGUUGUUUUUCAAACAAAUGCUUUAGUAGAAAAGCUCCUUUUGCCGCUAACUUUAUGUUCAGUUUUUAUAUAAUAUUCGUCCUGAAAAAAAAUUGGUAACAUGUCGAAAACCCAAAUUCUAUAAACUCUCUUUUUUUCAACAGUUUUAUCGUUGCAUCCAAUAGUAACUCGCUAAAACAAAACCAUUUUCCGGUUGAUUUUAAUUGAUAGACCUUGUUCUUCCUUAUCAAUUUGUUAUUUGCUUCCCAGUGUGUGUGCGAAACAACACGAUUAGCAUGGAUACACGGCUGUAAAACAAUCCAUUUUGAACAGAAAUAUUUUACCUUUACGCGCGAACUUCUAUCGGAAUUUCCAUUCGUUCUGUUUAGUUGGUUUGUGUUUCUUAACACACAUAAACAGAUCUCUUUACAAUCAAACUGAAUUUCAAUUUGGUUAGCGCGCAUUGUGUGUGGUUGACACUUUACAUGCUUGGCUGGUCUAUAGAAAAGAUUUAAAGUGAUUACUUAUUUAUGCUCCGGUUCCAAACCAAUGAUCAUCGUCAUCUUGUAAUCAAAAUAAUGGGCUUGUUCAUUGUGAGUUUGUGAAUUAGUGCGUGGUGAUUGCGGAUCAAACUUGCUGCCAAAAUGUAGACUUGGCGAAUGCCGUGAGAAGAGAGAAGAGAAACUGCCUACAGUUGAGCAGCAUUUUGUCGACAGAUGUCAGCUUUACAAGCAGAGACCCGUCUCAGUCAUCUUAAAGGUAAAGCUACCAAACGUUUCACUGAAGAAUUCCCGCGUGAAUUUUCCCUCUAAACUGCGAUCUUUUCGUUUUCUAGAAGCUGCUCAAGGGCUGGAGAGUUCUGUGAAGAAGACUAUAGGAGAUGAUAAUCCUCUGUUAAUAUCGGUGUGCGGAGGAAUCGAGGCAGUUUUCAGGCAAGGAUUAAAGAGUAAGUGAAAACCGACAUAAAUUAUCAUAAUUUCGCUGUGAUUGCGAAUUACUCGAUCUUUUGCUAAUGGUUCGACUUCUCGCCGUGUGCUUGUGUCAUAAAUCGCUGUCCACGAAACAAACAAGCAAACGCGCGUUUUAAAACAACAAAGUUUUCAAGUUGUGAGUCUGCAUCGCGUCUUCUAGGAAGUGUUACGCGGUUUCUUUUAAUGCCGUUUCAUCCGUCAGUGACCCGUGGAGUUCCCCAUGGACUUGACUUCAUUAACAUCUUUGAGAGACAUGUUAUGCUUAUGCUUAUGCUCAUAUGUUAUACGUUAUUACGUUUUCGUCUCUUUUGCAUAAAUCAUCCGCGAUCAGAUAAGUUUUAACGCAAAGAAUUAUUACUGAUUCAUGAGUAGAAACUAUAUCUUUCCGUGUAUUUCUUUGUAACAGGUGUUGCAAGAACCCGUUCUCUGACAUUUUACUCAAACUGCCCGCUUAGCGCUAAAAGUGUUUGUCAAACUUGAAUGGUUUUCUAAACAUUGUUUAAAUCUCGAAACGUCUUUUACCCGCCCUUUGCUUAGAAAAGAGUGGCCUGGAUUUUGAAAGUUCAAGAUUCCUUCAAGGCCGAUGCCAGGCUCAUCUAUUCAGCCAUCGUGAGUCGUUAAAAGGCUUUCUGCAGUUUCUGUUUUAACUUUUUUUGUCCAUGAACAGAAUCAAUUUUUGCGCCUGAAAACUAUUACAAAAUCAUUCAACCAUGCGCAAACUAAUAACUUCCGCUCAUUAUUGCUGUGCUUAAAAGUCUGAGAUUUUUCAGUGUUGAAUUAUACAUUAUUAUACACUUCAAUAGAUUGUUUCACAGACAGCUUUCCCUUCUUAGCGAUUAUCGUAUUUUUGUUGAGUUUCAGAUGCUUUUUGUCAUAUGAAUGGCACAUAACGCUUUGUGGUAACAUAGCCAUUCACUGCGUGGUAUUCAGUCAGUAUAGAAAAUCACCAGCAAUUGUUGACUUUUUGCUGAAAAAGCCUGACAGCAAAAUUCAAAAAUUAAUUUAGAAUGCAGUUCGGAGAAUGGAGUGUGCCAACCUAAAUUUCGUAACUUUUAUGUUCGAAGUCCUAUAUGAAUAAAGAAAACUAUGGAAAAUAACGUUAUAUCAUGUCUCAUGAAAGAUCGAGGGAUUGCGAAAGAAAUCCACUGAAAGAAUGAAAUUACCCUGCUUUCAUUUUUCGCUGGUGUUAUCCAGUUUUUUUUAUUCCAAACCCCAAUUUUAUGCUCUUUAAUUACACUAAGUCAAAAAGAAAGCCCUUGUUUGUCACUUCUACGGCUCUUAAGUGAAAUUCACUUUCCAGAAAGCAAUAUACAUACUACUUUCCGUGCCCUUUAGGGACUAGAGUUAAAUUCAUCUUGAAGUCUGCAGAUAUUCAGAGUUGUGCGCUUUUGAUUCAUAAAAUUUAUGUUCUUUUAGCGCCAACUCAGUUCUUUAUAUUAAAGUGAUGUUUACCACUGUUACACUAAAAGACUGAUUUAGCGUUUCGUUAUUGCGUAAGGCUCUUUAUUCACUCAACAAAACAUGGCGUUGUUUGCAUACCUCUUGCUACUCUCUUUCUGCCCGAUUACCUGUUAACAAAAACGUUAUUGUUUAUAAAAUAGCAAAGCUGUUUUUAAAAUGUGCGAGGAUUGGUCUAUAGAAAAGGGACUGAUGAGAUGCGCCCUUAAAGAAAUUCCAUCGGUGGAUUCAUUUAUUGUAACAUACGCGUAUAGCCAUCGCAUUUGCCAGUUGGAAUUACGAUAAAAACAAUUUCAACGGGCAAAUGAGACAGCUGUACGCUUAUAGCUUGAGUUGCUGGCGUUUCUCAUGGGAAAGGGCAAAGAGAGAAGCGAAAAAGGGAGACCUAACCUUCCCCUCCCUCUCCCUUCACCCCUCCCCCUUCAAACCUCAAAUAUCCAAUUUCCUAACCCCUCUAGGGAAGGUCUGAUGUUCGGAGGUAGCUUGGCCAGCGGUUAGAGUGCUGGACCCGACUACAUGUCCCGCUCCGGUAGUCCCGAGUUCACAUCCCCAGCCUAUUUCGACGUGCUUGUGUUUGGAGUGAAUCGCUUGAACGAAUCAGCGUUCAUGAACAAUUGGUGUAAAUAUUCGUUUGGUACGAGAUCUACUCAGUAAUUGUCAUUUCUUCUAAAUAUUUUCAGGUUCUGUGUUUGGUCUGAAGAAAUGGGAUUACUGGUGCUGGAUAGAGGCGCUUGUCAAUCAUCUUCAAAAUGACAAGUAUGCGAACUCGACCUCUUACUUUUCAAGUUCUUAUAGUAAGCGGGGUUAGUCCCUCCAGAAUCCUCGAGGGGACUUCACACCUUCACCGCGGGCAAACGAGAGAAGUGUGCAAAAUCUAAACAAAGUACUUCAAAACUAUAAAGUUUGAGCAACUUUCACUUUUGAGAGUUUAUGAUAUUUCCAACGCGCUGCUUCUUUGAUGUUUUCUUUUUUUCUUUUGUGUAAUAACAGUAGAGGUAAAUUAGCUUGUAUUCUCUAUUUUCGAAUCCCCAAUAAUACGCUCUGUUUGCCCUCCAAUUUUUAUAUAAACUGUUGUUUUCAAAUGCUCCUGGUAUGACUGUAUAUUCCCAAGAGCAUUUGAAAGCAUUAAAUUACGCAUACUCUUUUUUUUGCGGAGGCAGGGGUGGGGGGAAGGCGGAUCAGUAGAAUGUAUUAUGGAGAAUUCGAAAAUGAUCAAGUUUUUGAAGAAUGUUUUUUUUUUAUUUUCAGGGGGGAACUGGCCUAUAUACACGUGGUUACGUUUGUAAAAUCUUGUAAGAAGGUGAGAAUAUCUUUCAUUUUUAGCUUGUUACUGUACUCUAAUCAUUUAUAGUCACAGUGUAUUUCUCUGUGUUUGAAGAUUCCUUGAACUUCGGUCCUUAACCUUGUUUUUAUUUGUAUGACAAAAUAUUUGCAGUUUUGUUUACGAUCAUUUUGUUUUAUUAUCGCAGAUAAACUCAUACCAGGGAUAUGGCAGACAAUUUAUCCGCCUCGGUCUGAUGAAGAGGCUGCUUCCUUACACGAUCCAGAACCUUGCUUCUAAUUCAGCACUUCUAAAGGUACAAUAACAUUAUUCCGAAAUUAAGCCUUCUAUUCCAAGACGUUUUCGACUCUUGUUCAUUGAGAGAGAUAGAGAGAGUUUGGCAGACGCCGGUUACUUUGUUUGGUUAGUUUUUAUAGCGUGCGCGAGGGGAAUACGCCCUUCCUCGCACCUCCUGUCUAUUUUUCUCCUCGUACGAGCGCGGGUGCUCGAAAUUUCUCCCCUCGCCCCAAAAAACCCGGCGCCUGCUACGAACGCUAACCUCUCGUACACUCAAGUAAGGAUUCAUAAACCAGCACUGGGGAAGGUCUGAGGACAGGCGGUGCUUUCCUCAAACGAAGAAAGGGGAACAGGAACAAGCACGGCGAACUGGAAAAUUAAGAAUGGAAACAAAACCAACCCAAACCAUUACCCAUUCUCUGUGUUUGUUCCUUUUUUUAUUAUUAUUAUUAUUAUUUUUCUGUUCCUGGUCGCCGCUAUUUCCCCUUUUCCGUCAUUCCCCGUAACAUUACCCCCCUGGAACUGAGGUGAUUUACCUUCAAGCAAAACCUACCAAAGCUGCAACUGGUGCAAAACUUUGCCGCUCGUCUUGUGACUAACACCAAGAAGUUCGAUCAUGUUACUCCAGUAUUACGUGAGUUACGGUGGCCCUCAGUUAAGAGUUAGCUGGAAGUACAGGAUGUCACACUUUUGUACAAGAUUAUUAGUGGACGUGCGCCUGCUUACUUAGCCAGUAAGAUCGGCAAGAGGUUAGAUGCACAUAGUUACAAGACAUAAAGAUCAUUUACAAUCUCCUUUUAGCAGAACUGCUACCGCUCAGCGUUCCUUUUUUAUCGUUCAAUAAACAUUUUGAACUCCCUUUGCUUAAACUCUAGAAACAGCAAAUUACUCAGUAAUUUUAAAAACAAUGUAAGGCGUGAACUAUUUAGCUUAUAAAUUGUAACGAAUGAUUUUAGUUUAGAUUUUUUAUGAUGCUUGUAACUUAAGGUAAUUAUUAUUCCUUUGUAAAAUUAUCUCAGAAUAGCCCCUCCGAGUCUACUUAAGGUAAUUAUCAGUCCUUUGUAAAUUAUCCCAGAAUAACCCCUUCGGGAGAGAUUUUAUAUGAUGCUUGUAACUUAAGGUAAUUAUUAUUGUAACAAAUUGGCUUGCUCCCAAUGCAUGGGUCUUCAUAGCUCAAUUGGUUAGAGCACUGCAGCGCUAACGCAGAGGCCAUGGGUUCCAAUCCCGUUGAAGUCGCGAAUUUUUUUUCCGGGUGAAUUAGCAAUUGCUUAAAUUGCAGUUACCACUGGGACGAUCAUAUCUUCAUUUAAAAAUUUGUAUUUCCGCAGUUCAUAUCAUCUUCAUUAUUAUCCUUUGUAAGUUAUCUCAGAAUAAACUUCUCGGGAGUAGAUAAUAAAGUAAUUGUAUUGUGUUGUAAGUAAGUCUUUUUUACACAAUAAUUGGUUGGCGUUUUCUAAUAAUUGUUUUGCCUCCAUUUUUUUGUAGUAUUGGUAUAAUGAUACGGCGAUUUUGCGGGACAAAGUCAUGAGAGGUUCGUAUCACAAACUGAAUUUAUUUUCUGUUUCCAAACAAAUAGUGUUAUUUAUCGGUACCGUUGUGUUGAACAUGCAUACGUUAAGUAUCUUCCACCCUUCCCUUGGAAAAGACUACCCCCUUGUUCCUCGAAACUCAACACUCACUCUUCCACACUACGCCAGUUAUGUUGUAAAAAGCGUUUCCACUACCGCAAAAUCUCAGCAAACGUUUUCCGUCCACACUGAAUUAAGACGGAUAAAAUGUUUCCUUCCACAAAAUGACAAUCACCGACGGCGGGAUAGCUAUUACCGUUGUUUUAAAACCAUUAAAACGGAGUUCAGCCGGUGUUAGACAAAACUGUGUUCAAACAGUUUUUAAUCAGUUUUUUUAGCUGUCAGUGAUGUCUAAACAAUGUUUACGACAUUAAGGCAAAAAAAGACUAGAAAAUUACCCCUUCAGAACCAAAUCUGAAUCACCACUUCUUAUCUUAAUCAGCGUUGUAACUUAAACUCCGCUUGAAUAACCUUCUCUCUGCCUCUCACUUCGCAAAGGACAAAGGGACGCCUAACUUCUUACCUAAGAUGUUUUUUUUCCCUUUAGAAUCUUUCAUGAACAUUUUAAAAGGGCUGGGAAAACUGAUAUUCUCCUUGGAUUUGAAGGUAAAUUACCAUUUUUUUUUGUUGGCAGAAAGACUGUAACAAUACAAAGUUAGGCGUAGUAGUUUACGAAGUAUUUCUCUUCAUUUACGAGUGUAAUUCAUUGGUUUCAUGUUUUACCGACAGAAUUGCAGUUUUCUGGAUGAAACGUGGCUUAUUCCUGUAAGUUCGUCCUCUCAUUUCCUUUUGUGGUUGUCAGUAAUGAUGUUUUUGCUAGCUUUAUUGAUUUCCUAACUCGCUCUCGAUCUUCUCAUUUUUUCUGCUGCGUGUAGGAAAUAAGGCAUGUAGACAUUGUGCCGUGUAAAGAGCUAGGACUGGUCGUGAGGUGAGGAGCAAUAAGCAUUUAACCUGCUUUGCUUAUUAGUCUUUGAAUCACUUAAAUUCCACUGCUUGACAGCUGUUCUUUUCUGUUGUUAUUUCUUUAAGAGUGUUGUUCUAAACGCUUCUAAACAAUCCUUACGUCUAAUCACUAGAUUAAAAAUUUCCCACUAAAUAAAACUGCAGUGAAGUUGUCAGUACAUAAACGAACGAUGGCACCUUUGUAUUCACGUUUCCAAGCUCGUUUUUACUCGGUACUGUGCGUGCGCAAUGGAAGCGCGCGCUUGUAAAGUACUGUGUUUGUGACGCAACAUACGCAAUUGUUUUGCGUGUGCAUAAACGAGAUGAAAACGGUAGAGUCAUUUGGCGAAGGGCAUGAUCCUUCUUUUUUCAUUUCGUCGCCGUCUUUUCAUUGCGGCAUCAAGCGUGUAAUGGACUAGUAUACAGUUUAGGAAACCUUACAACUUUCAUAUUACAUGACCAGUUAGGAUUUUAUUUUAUGUUAGAAAACUUCUUUGUAGACUCGUUUGUUUGUUCGAAGGACAAAUUUCUUUUACAAGCAACGCAAGAGGUUGAACGAACUUUUCAGUCAUCUCUGCAGGAGCGAAAAUAUAUCGGUGCUCCGUGGACGAAAACAUACGCUGUGUAGCUCUUGCUAGAAUUUUUGUCUUUUCGUUUAAAAGGAUCAAACAAUUGGUACAUGUAAAUAAUUCUACAUGUGAUGGGUGUUUUGCGCUAUAAAUGUGUGCCCUAGGUGUCUUUAACCGUCCACGAGUAUAAAAGAAAGAUUACUCCUGUCCCCAUGUCUAAAGAUCACAUCUUUUUGCAAAUACUUUACCUAAGGUAGGUUUGAUGUUAGGAAGUAACUUUCUUUAAAAACUUUUUUUUUGCAGGACCGUUAACCGAAGAGUCAUGGUUGCUUGUGUAAGGACCAACAGCGCAGCAGAAGAUGUAAGCUACUUUUAAUAUUUGGCUGAAUAAAACCUGCCACUGUCUUGAUCCACCUUCCCAUCAAAAUUGGUCUUUGUCAGUUGUCUUUUGCAUUCCACUGACCUCUUAACUCAGAGACAUGUAUAAAAAGCUACAGAAAAAAAAUGCCUUCUCUAAAAAGCGUCUUAAAAUAUUUGUGUUCCCUCAGGCUGGUAUUGAGUGCGGUGAUACAUUGGACGACAUGCUCGGAAUCGUCCUUCACAAGGCAAAAACCGCUAAGGUAGGUAAUCAAAUGCAUGUUUCACUUUCACUCGGAUGACCACGUAAAAUGGCGGUUCCCUCUCCAGUGGGAGACGUAAAAAUAGAGUCCCCAGUUAGUGCUUUCGUUCUUAAUACAUUGACACUCGAAAUAAUGUGCAUUUUGUUUCGUCUUUUUGCUUUUAAAUUCAGGUCGCGGAGUUGCUGAAGCGGAACAUUGGAAGGCCUAUUUCGUGUACCUUAGUGAAGGUGAUUACUUACUCGUUUGAACCUUGUUUGUUUACGUAGACUAAAGCUAUCGCGAGAUUUUCGUCACUUUUUUAAUGGUCAAAUGAAACUGAAUGAAUUCGAAUGUAAUGUGGGAAGUUAUGUGUUUAAUAAUAAGUUACCUAAAAGAGAGCGCAAAAAGCGUUGUUCCGGAAUCGGAAUAGGCCGUGUUAGUGUGGUCAAGAGAUUUUACUGAAAGUGCGGUUUUUGUUUUGUUUUGUUUUAGGGUAAAUUUUACAAUGGCAAAGGUUUUCCUCCGGCUACAGAGCGCAUGGCUGUAAUAGCCGCUGACCCGUACCAGGAAGGAGGCCAUAAUGGUUUGGAUACAGCACCUCAGCAGCUGGCAGGGUUCGAGGAGACUCCCGUUCACGCCUCAGAUACAAUGUACUGUAAUUAAAAAGGGGAAUGACUCUAGACCUUUUCUUGAAAUAAUAUUUGGAACUGAAUUGAUUAGUAAAAGAUGACAAGAUUCAAAAAGGUUGCAGAGUUAUUUAACUCAACUGCAAUAAACUACUUCUUGUCAAAAGUACUAAGAAAUCUAUUUCCAUAUUCACUUAUCUGUAUCGUAAUCCGUGAUACCGUUAAACAUCGUCCCUUCCAUCUGAGUUGCGCAAAGCCUUGAAAAAAUAGAUUGUAUACAGUAGAACCCCGCCUUAGGCCACCUCGUUAAUACGGUCACCCCGUUAUUACGAACACUUUUUUUGGCCGCCCAGCAAAAACGACCAUAAAUUUUCUUGUAAAGAAACCCUCUUCAAUACGGUCACCUCGUUAUUACGGCCAAUUUUUUUGGGCCCGUUGGUGACCGUAAUAAUAGGGUUCCACUGUAUACGGUAGUUUACAAUAAACUUUCGCUGACCUCGGGUGGAGUUACUACUACAGCUUUGUUUUGCCGAUAAACUGGACCUAAUGUACCAGUGCUUGGUUUAUUGGCCCCGUAACUCAGUUUGGAAGGACAAAAGAAUGGUACUUCAAUGUUUUAAUCAGCGAUCACUAUUCCACCCUCCCACUUCUAACUAUGCAAGGCAAAUGUAUAGCCAAAUCAGUCUACUGAUAUUUUGAUAUAGAGUUCCGUAUCUUCGUGGAAUAUUCCGUUUAGUUGUUAACAUCCUUGUCCACAUCCCUCAGUCGCAAACAACUGUUCAGAAAAUCCCUUUACCGGUAAGUUCGCUUUUCAGUUGUAAUAAUUGACUUGUUUGUUUUCCGCUUGUAGUGCAACAUAUGCAGCCACGUACUAUGGAAAGCUGGAUGUUGGAAAAGUAAGUCACACUGAUUUGGGUAUACUCUUGUCUUUAGGCACAGUGGAUAUUAUAAAAGGUUUGUUCGUUUAGUCAAAGUUGCCAACCAUGCUUUCCCGUUGUAACGUGCAGUUUGUCAAAUGUGAACGGAUGUCGUGUAAUAAAAUGAAAUUCGCACUGGGUGCAAGUUAAAACCGCGUUGAAUUUUUUAAGAACAUGAUAGAAGUGCUAGAGAACCACGAGCUUGCUUGUGGGUCAGUUGACAAUGCACAAGGAAAAACUUUUUUCUUUUAUGCGCGCUCUUACAGGUGACAGAGACCAAGUGUUGUUAUAUCCCGAUAAAGAAUGCACACGACAUAGGUCACGUGCUUCAUCAAUAUACAACAACCUCGCCCUGUCAAAAAGUUGGAGCACGGACUUCCUUGAAUAUUUGAUAAACUGAGAUAACUGCAAAAAAAAAAAUAGAGCAGACUGAGACAUGAAGGACAAAGCGAGCCGGUGCAACUAUUUUUCAUUGGGAGCUUAUACAACCAAGCGAUAACUGGGCCUUGGGCAUAGCAAAAAAUUGUGAUAACAAACUUGCUAAACAUUCACAAAACAAACUUAUACAAAUCGGAAUCACUAAACAUACAUAACGCCCACUAAUGAUUCCCUUUUCUCUCUUUCCUUGACAGGAUGGUGGUGUAGCAGUGAUAGAAGACUCCAUUUUGGACGUCUUAAAACAGGCAAACAAACCUAGGGUAAGCCAUGAACGUUUCUCAUAAUCAGGAUUAACACUCGCCUGACGCUCACCAGUUUGCACCAAAGCCUUUGCCUAUGUAUUGCUUUGAUCUUAACUCUUUUUAUGUGCUUACUUCUUGUUUUUUUUUUCCUUCUCUGUUUAAACCAGGCUGUUUUCCUUAACCUUUCGGAGACAAACAUUGUUGUCACAGACCAAGAAACGUCCAAGGUAAUCUUCCAGACUGUAAUUCAGCUACAGACAGAGAUAAACCAUGCACAUCCUCAAAAUUGCUUGCCCUCUCAGGGCUCGAAGUUAUCUUUUUAGUGCACUUGCAAAGUUUUACUGGUAAGAUUUUUUCCGACUAGCAAACUGGUGAGACCACAAGCAAUUUAUUUCCCUUUGCUUGGGAGACAUGGAUAAUUCUAACUCGCAAUCGUUUGCUAGUGGCUAUUUUUCUUACUCGCAGAUUAUCAAAAUCACUCGCAUUUUGCGAGUUUGCGAGCGUUAAUUUCGAGCCCUGCCUCUCAGCUUAGUAGACUAAGUACAAGGACUUCCUACUUAGACCUCAGCAACCUCAGCGGCCCCGUUCUAUUAUCCGGGUGGGAGAAUGGAAACAAAUAUUCUCGUGGAUGGCACCUGCAUGGCUCAUUUAAGCACCGGAGCCUAUGCCGCCGUUAAUCGUGGUGCCCAGGCUCUGGCGGUCGGCAGGGCAAGUUGUUAUGACGGAAUUCCAAAUUGAGUACCUUUGUUUUUGUAUUUUGCCUCUUAAAUGUCAUUAAGGACGUAACAAUUUCUUGCAUUUAGAUCCCAGUUGGUUUGACAGCUCAGUGGUGAGAGCAUUGUACCAGUAUCGCAGAGGUCAUGGGGUCAAAUCUCAUUUAACAUGCUUAACCUAAACUUUUUUAGGCGGUUUUGUUUUCGAAACUACAUAAUUUGCGCACAUAAACCGCGAUGAUCUUGCACGUGUUAAAUCCCAUCCGCACUUUAAGUGUACGAAUGUUCACGUACAAUUAUUCAUUUUCAAGACUAGAAUUAAGGUAUAACCCCGGUUUUGGGAGGGGGUUGCUGCCAUAUAUGGGAUAUAUACUGUGAAGGGUAUGGUUUUCAAGCAGUUUUCUCUGGGAUAGGGUAUAUAAAUCAUAGAGUUUUGGUCUAGAAUAGGGUAUCAUUUUCCAGGAAACUGAUAAGUUGGUUGAAGAUUUUAGUCUAGAUCAGGGAAACCGGGAAUUGCCACUCAAAAAUAUAAAAAAUUCAAAUAACAUUCUGCAGAUGUAAAACCUAAGUAGGAUUUUCUCUCGACCCUGGCCUUCCCCUCCAAUGUCUGCUAGAGCUAACCAGGCGGCGUGCAUUUUCUUAUGUCUCUCCAACUAAUAAAGCGUGAGAUUGCCUCACAAAGCAUAUCAGUCUGCCCUGUGGGACCCGGAAUACAUUAAUGUUCAAGCUAAUAUCUGUUUUCGCAGGUCUUGGGAGUUCAUUCCUUCACUGAGACUUCUUCGUGUGGUCGACGAGCGGACAGAAAAGAAAUGAUAGCUUUUGUUUCGGGGUAAAUAAUUUAAGUUUUCUUUUCUGGGAUAUUUAACUAACAGUUGGUAACCAUCACUUUUUUGUAUUAAGUACUAGCAGUUCCUAAUUUUCCCAAAGGAUAGUAGAGUAAGCGAGCGCGCGCGUGAAAAUUGCCAUUCCGCGUGACACCUUCGUCGAGUGUGACAAUGCACCCGCGUAUCUCUUAUCAUUUACAGGAAUAUAAAGAGUUUCUCGUAGUCUAUCAUUUUAAUUACCUCCGCUUCAAAUUAGCUUCCUCCCUUAGGGUGGAUUUUCACUGUCGCGUAAUUUUUAAGUGCGUGUACACCAACGUAAAUCUUAAUUACGUAAAUAAAAGAGAGGCAAGAUAUAAAGUGUUGAGCUUAAACGUGAAGUUGAGCGAAGUUGAAAUUUUACGUUUACGUGCGUUUGCUUUGCGAACGUAAAUUUUACGCGCGUAUGCACGUAAAAAUUACCCUACAGUGGAAAUCCACCCUUAGGCUAAAAGUAUAAAACAAGUCAGUUGCCGUUUUUAAAAAAGCUCUCAUAUACCACCACCGCCACCGCCACCGCCACUCGUUGCUAAAUAUAGGUACUAUGGGGUAUAGUGGACAUAUAUCGUCAAAGAAAAUGGCAUAACAUACAAAAUCACCAGAAGAGAAGAACCCACUUGAGGACAUGACACUGACGUUAAAGUGCUUGAGCCUUGGAACAGAACUUAUCGCCACCUUCAUUUUAGUAUCUCCCUCCCGACUAGCAAAAUCAUUUGGAGAGAGCUUACCUUUCCUAAAUACGAGGAUCAGCUCAUCUGUUGAUAUCGUAUUUUUUUAGGGAGACAACAUGUACCAUGGCCAAGAAUUUUUAUUGUUACGUGUUUGAAAUGGCUACGGAAAGGAUUGUAAGUACUUUUUUCCCCUCGCUCUUGAUUUUUUGUAUAGCAGUGUCAGUUUAACAUACUCGAGUCAUUAUUUUUCAUUAUCUUAUCACUCAAUUGCCUGUGUUCUUUCUUUCUAGGCCAAGGUUGUUCUGUAUAGUAUUGGUAAGGAUUAUAUAUUUGUUUAUCCCAAACCUUUUUGCUCUCUUCGUUCUUGAAAACUUAGUCUAAACUUACAUUUUUUGGUUUAUUUCAACAGCUGAUGGCUUUAUACGAACCGUGUGGUUUGUAUGAAUAAUCGCGCUUUCAACUGGCAACGGAUAAUUUUCAAGAACAACAGACUAGCGAUCUUAUACCCAACUCUGCCAACCUGCAGCAUAUUGUGGGAAGUUUUGAAUCCUAUCAUUUCAAACCAUGUGUAGUUGACAAGUCUUAUUUGUUGUUCAAUAUGGAGUUCUUUUAAUUCAUAGCUUGAAACGAUUUUAUUUGAGUGGCGUUCUGAAAACUUUCAGAAUGUGGCAAACUGAAGAAGACGAGGAAAAAUCAAGUGAUUCUUCCUUGAACUAUUUAGCGUCCCUAAAAAUUUACAAAAAUUGAGAAAUUUCGCUCUUACCUGAGGACUGAAAGAGCUUCUGGUUUUGUGUCUUUUCCUUAUUGGUUAAACACUAGUAAUUAUCACAGGUUAAUAUUAGCAUUUUGUCGCGACUAACCUUGAUUUUUAUUCCCAAGCAUUUUCUUUAACAUUUAUAUUUACUUUGACUUCGCAAUUUGUUGUUUCCUUAAUAUUACAUAUAAGUAUUUAGUAGCUGUAUUAUGAAAGGAUAAUUUUGUCCCAUUUUCUGCCGA